CACCACACCCACCACACCCACCACACCACCACCACCACACCACCACCACCAACACACACACACACACACACACACACACACACACAUACGCCAUGUCCUCGUACUCUGAGUCCCAGCUCAACCGCAUUGAGAACCUCAUUGACAGCAAGCAUCAGAAGGAGGCAGCGUCCCCACCAUCGUCACCGGCACGGGGAGUGGCCAUUGCAGGCUCUGCGCCCAAUGCUGUGUUUUCUCUCUCGGGCACUUCACCAAAGGUGGCCACCGUCAUCUCGGGCAAUGCCAUGGGCGAUCUGCUGCACUCGAAGGAGUCAUCGCUGCCUGGUUGGUCAUCAGAGCAGGAUACCAAUGCUCAGCCUGGUGGCUCCACUUCGUCAGGGACUACCUUCCGCAAGACCGCUCCGAGAGGCUCGUCAAGAGGCCCGCGCAAGCCCUCGGCUCUCUCCGCCGCCCUCGAGGCAGAGGGCAGCGCGCCCCACCCGGUGACCGAUGCUGUUCGCACGCGCUCGCGCUCGCGCUCGACCAGUGCACAGCGCAAGCUCGUCGCCGAUCUGGAUGCUGCAGGCAGUGCCGAGGCCCACAAGGGCGGCAACAAGGGUGGCAACAAGGGCGGCAACAUGGGCGGCAAGGGCGGCAAGGGCGGCAAGGGCGGCAACAAGGGCGGCAAGGGCGGUGACGGCGAGCAGGCCGGCGGCAAGCGCAAGAAGAUGACCAAGGCCGAGCGUCGUGCGCUGCAAGAGGCGCAGCGGGCUGCCAAGGCUGAGCGGCUGGCGGCGGCAGGCAAGGACGGCGGCAAGGGCGGCAAAGGCGGCAAGGGUGGCAAGGGUGGCAAGGGUGGCAAGGGCGGCAAGGGCGGCAAGGGCGGCAAGGGCGGCAAAGACGGCAAGAGCGGCAAGAGCUGCGGUGGCGACAAGGGCGGAGAGGCCGGAACCGGUCGGCUGGCGGCGCAGUUUGCACACCUGGAGCAGUUUGCGGAAAAGUCGUCGUUCUCGCUCGGUGUUGGCUUUGCCGCUGACGACAUUCACCCCGCGGUCCUCAAGGUCGGGCUCAAGAUGGCCAAGGGCGUGCUUGUGGGUCCGAACGAGCGUUGCGUGGCCAUGCUGCGGGCGUUUAUGCGUGUGGUGGAGGACUACGUAGUGCCGGAGAACAAGUCUCUGCAGCGCGAUCUGGAGCCGCACUUUAAGCCGCUCAUCGGGUUCCUCGUCAAGUGCCGGCCGCUCUCACUCUCGAUGGGCAACGCCAUCAACUGGCUCAAGUUGGCAAUCUCGCAGCUGCCGGUCGGCGGGACCGAGCACGCCGUCAAGGAGCUGCUCCUCGACCAGAUGGAGCGCUACAUCCGCGACAAGAUUGUUGUCGCCGUCCGCUCCAUUGCCCAGCUCGGCAACUCGAAGAUCCGCGACCGCGAUGUCAUCCUCACGUACGGCUGGUCGCAGGUUGUCUCGGCAACGCUCAUCGAAGCCGCCGCCGCCGGCAAGUCGUUCCGGGUCAUUGUAGUCGACGCGCGGCCCGAGCUCGAGGGCAAGAUCAUGCUCCGCCGCCUCACCGCGGUCGGCAUCAAGUGCUCGUACGUGCUCAUCAACGCCGUCUCGUACGUCGCCCGCGAGGCCACCAAGGUCUUCCUCGGCGCCGACUCGCUCUUCACCAAUGGCGCCGUCCGCGGUCGCAUCGGCUCGGCACUCAUCGCCUCGGUCGCCGCCACCGCAAACGUCCCGGUCAUCGUCUGCUGCGAGGGCUACAAGUUUUCCAACAAGGUCCACCUCGACGUCUUUGUCAACAACGAGCUCGGCAAUCCCGAGGCGCUCGCAGCCUCGGACUCGGCUACCCCGUCGCCGCUCGCAGACUGGAAGGACAACCCGAACCUGAGCCUGCUCAACCUCCGCUACGACAUCAUUCCCAUGGAGUACGUCUCUCUCAUGAUCACAGAAGUCGGCCUCCUCCCGCCUACCUCGGUCCCGGUCAUCAUCCGCGAGUACCAAGAGCAGGGUGGCCAGUAGCGGGCGAACGCUCUGGCCUCGCGCUCGCCCUUCAAAUGAAAAAAAGCAGCUUG